AUGUCAGACCGCAGGCGUGGAGGCGGCAAGUCCCCAGCUCCGAGGGUUUCUUUCUCGACGGACUUCGUGGGAUGCAAGAAGUGCGGCUACCGGUGGACCUACAAGAACAAACAGUCGUGCUACAGCUGUGGGCAGGCCGUGCGACCAUCGUACUCCCCUGCUCCCAAGCCCCGUGGCGUCUGGGCUAGCGGCAGCAGAGGCUGGUGGCAGGACAACCGCAAAGGUCAGGCCGACUGGUACCAGGACGUCGAGGAGACCGCGCAGAGGACCGAGCCGCUCGCGAUCGGCGAGGUGGUGCAGACCCUUGGCGGGCAGGCCGUCUCGGAAGCCCAGCGGCAGGCGCUCCAGCAGCUCGAGAGCGCCUUCGCCCCACCGCCCCCUGCAGAGCGCCCCGCGCUCCUGGAGGAAGGCAUCCAGCGGGCGGCUGCGGCGGAGAGGGCUGCUCGUCGGGAGCUGGAGAAGCGUGCCAAGCAGCUGGCCGACGCCAAGCUCUGGCUCGACGAGUGCCAGUCUCGCUCCGAUGCGGCGGCGGACGCCCUGGUGGUCGCGGAGGACAAGCUGGCGCAGGAGAGGAAGGCGUUGUCGGCUCCAGCCAAGGAUCCUCAGCCUGAGGGGUCCAACAAGGGCGGCGGGGUCAUCAACCUCUCUGCCCUGCUGGGCGAAGGCGAAGCCAGUUUUACCUUCAAGAAGCGCAGGCGCGAGGACCCUCCUGCGGCUGCGGCGGCAGCAGAGGCGCCAGCGCCCCAGAGCCCUGAGGGAGGCCCGCCGCAGGCGCCUGCCCAGGCCAAGCGCGAGGACCCUCCUGCGGAGGCGGCGGCUGCAGAGGCCCCAGCGGCCCAGAGCCCCGAGGGAGGCCCGCCGCAGGCGCCUGCCCAGGCCCCCCAGGAGGCCCAGCAGGCUGCCCAGCCCGCCGCGGGGCCGCAGGGAUCCCAGGGCGCGACGCCAGGCGCUGCCAGCGCUGAUGCUGGCCCUGAUGCUGGUCGUGAAGCAGCUGGCAAGGAGCUGGCGGACGCCCUGCAGCGCGCCAGGGCUCGCAGGGCGGAGGCAGAGGCCAAGCCAUCUGGCUUCCACGGCUGCAGGUACCAGUACACAAUGCUCUACAUGGUCGGGCUCAUGGCACGAGUCCAGCACGUGGCAGGAGCCAGAGCUCUACAGCGGGGCGGCACGCGCAAUGUGGGGCUCGAGUUCAUAGGCUUCAAUUGUUCUUCUUGGGCGCAGGCCAUCGAUGUUUUGGACGAGGCCGCCACAAGGAAGAUCGUUGGCCCCAUGCACAUCACUUUCCUUCAAGAGCAUAAGCUGAGUGCGCCCAUCGCCAAGGACAUCGAGGCGGCCAGCUUCAACAGGCAUUACACGGCAGCAUUGGGCGCCCUGGCCGCCCGCCCCGCCGCCGCCCGAGCGGCGCCUCGGCCGCCCCCGCGCGGCAAGCGGCUCGCGCUGCCGGCGUCCGGCGUCAGCGGGGUGCACAGGAGGCGCGUCGGCGAGUACAGGGCGAAGGUCUGCAUCGAGCACGUGACCGUCUACACAGGCGGGCGCGCACUGGCCAGGGCGGGCGCGUCGCUGCCCGAGGAGGGCGUCGUGCCUGGCGUUGACGACCACCAGUUGGGCGUGGCCGGCCAGAUGCAGGCUCUGCCGGCGCUCGCCCCCGGUCCUCCACAGAGGCACGCGACAUCGCUGUUCGACUCCAUGACAGGCGCGUCCGACUCGGGCGCGGAGGCAGAGGUGAAGAUGCCGCCCGUGAUGCCGCUGCCGCCACCUCCGGCCGCCGCGGCAGCCCAGUGGGCGCAGCACGCCUACACGGCCUCCACGCAGGCGGCCGCCGCACGGGCCGCGGCGGCCAAGGCCGCGGAGGUGGCCUCGGCACAGGCCGCCGCGGCGCAGGCCGCCGCGACGCAGGCGCAGGUGGCGCAGGUGAGCGCCCAGCAGGCCGCCGCGGCCCAGGUGGCCCAGUCCCUCGGCUACAACGUCGCGCCCGUGGGGGUGCCCACUGCGGCCGCCUACGGCGACCUACCCGCCGCCGCGCCGCCGUACGGCCUGAGCACGCCGAAUCCGGCGCCGAUGAUGGGGAUGGCCGGGGCCUGGGAGCUGGGGCCAGCGGCGGCCCUGCCCGCGGUGCUCGCGCAGUCGGUGAUGGCGCAGCUGCGCGCCCUCCGCGCCGCCGAGGAGCCGCAUUCGCGCCAUCGACUGGACACCAGAAGCAGCAUGGGGGCGUUCCUCGUGGCUGUGCCGACGUCUGACCUCGCCUGA